GUUUCCGAGCUGUACCUCUGAAGAACAACUAUAGUGAGAACCUGGAGCUGGCUUCCCUGCUCGUCAAGAUAGACAUUUUCCCGAGCAAGGAAAAUGGCGAAAUAAACCUCUUCAGUACUUCAGCCCUACGGGAACGAGCAGGGGAGGCUUCCAACCAGCUGCUGGCGAGCAGAGGCAGAGAGGGGUCCUUCGAGUCGCGGUACCAGCAGCCCUUUGAGGACUUCCGUGUGUCGCAGGAGCAGCUAGCUGACCACUUUGAGAGCCGGGAGCGAAGGGUACUGCGGAGGACCCGGGUCAACGGGGACAACCGGCUGUAGCCCAUCUCGGCGGGCGAAAGCACCUCCAGUGCUUGUGAAUCUCACGGCACGCUGUGAACUGGUUUCUAUGGAAACGGCACUGCUAUGGCCUACUUUCAGGCAGCUUUUCCAGUUUCUCUGCUGAAGUGUGUUCCAGUGGAGAACUAAAAAAAAAAAAAAAACCAAACUGGGAAAA